AUGCGGGACUACGACGAGGUGACCACCUUCCUGGGCGAGUGGGGGCCCUUCCAGCGCCUCAUCUUCUUCCUGCUCAGCGCCAGCAUCAUCCCCAACGGCUUCAAUGGAAUGUCUGUCGUGUUCCUGGCCGCCGCUCCGGAGCACCGCUGCCGGGUGCCGGACACCGCGAACCUGAGCCGCGCGUGGCGCAACCACAGUAUCCCGCUGCGGCUGCUGGACGGCCGCGAGGUGCCUCACAGCUGCCGGCGCUACCGGCUGGCGGCGAUCGCCAACUUCUCGGCGCUCGGGCUGGAGCCGGGGCGCGAUGUGGACCUGGAGCAGCUGGAGCAGGAGAGCUGCGUGGAUGGCUGGGAGUUCAGCCAGGACGUCUACCUGUCCACCAUCGUGACCGAGUGGAGUCUAGUGUGUGAGGAUGAUUGGAAGACACCCCUCACCUCCUCCCUGUUCUUUGUGGGCGUGCUCCUUGGCUCCUUUGUGUCCGGGCAGCUAUCUGACAGGUUUGGCAGGAAGAGCAUCCUCUUCGCAACCAUGGCUGUGCAGACUGGCUUCAGCUUCCUGCAGAUUUUCUCCAUCAACUGGGAGAUGUUUACUGUGUUAUUUGUCAUCGUUGGCAUGGGCCAGAUCUCCAACUAUGUGGUGGCCUUCAUUCUAGGAACUGAAAUUCUUGGCAAGUCAGUUCGUAUUAUAUUCUCUACGUUAGGAGUGUGCACAUUUUUUGCAGUUGGCUACAUGCUGCUGCCCCUGUUUGCUUACUUCAUCAGAGACUGGCGGAUGCUGCUGCUGGCGCUGACGGUGCCCGGGGUGCUGUGCCUCCCGCUGUGGUGGUUUAUUCCCGAAUCUCCCCGGUGGUUGAUAUCCCAGAGAAGAUUUUCAGAGGCUGAAAGUAUCAUCCAAAAAGCUGCAAAAAUGAACAACAUAGCUGCCCCAAGGGUGAUUUUUGAUCCUAUGGAGCUACAGGAACUAAAACUCCCUGGUCAGCAGAAAGUUCUCAUUCUGGACCUGUUCAGGACUCGGAAUAUUGCCACAAUAACCAUUAUGUCCUUGCUCCUGUGGAUGCUAACCUCAGUGGGUUACUUUGCUCUGUCUCUCAACGCUCCUAAUUUACAUGGAGAUGCCUACCUGAACUGUUUCCUUUCUGCCUUGAUUGAGGUUCCCGCUUACAUUACAGCCUGGCUGCUGCUUCGAAGGCUGCCUCGGCGUUAUAUCAUCGCCGGCGUACUGUUCUUGGGAGGAGGUGUGCUUCUUUUAAUUCAGUUCAUACCCGCAGAUUACAACUUCUUGUCCAUUGGUCUGGUGAUGUUAGGGAAGUUCGGGAUCACCUCUGCUUUCUCCAUGCUGUAUGUCUUCACCGCAGAGCUUUACCCCACCCCGGUCAGGAACAUGGCCGUGGGGGUCACAUCCAUGGCCUCCAGAGUGGGCAGCAUCAUUGCUCCCUACUUUGUUUACCUCGGUGCUUACAAUAGAGUUCUGCCCUACAUUGUCAUGGGUAGCCUGACUGUCUUCAUUGGAAUCAUCACCCUUUUCUUCCCUGAAAGUUUUGGAAUGACUCUACCAGAGACCUUAGAGCAGAUGCAGAAAGUGAAAGGGUUCAGGUUUAGGAAAAAACCAAGAGAUUCAGUGGAGAAGGAAGAAAAUCCCAAAGUUCUAAUAACGUCGUUCUGAUAAGAUCUCCACCCCAUUUGGUGACCUGAAAACUAAAUGCAUCAGACUCUGUGAGGAAACCAAAGCCUUUCCUAAGGAACUGGACCAAGCCUAAAGAUGAACACUAAGAUGACUCUGCUGUUGAGAAAUACUUGUCAUAGAGCACACUCUGGGCCACUCUUCCAGAAAAUCUCCUUGUUUUAAAAACCAUUUCCAGAGAGUCUACCAUCCUAGUGAAUUCGAUGAAAUGGGUUCAUAAGAUUUUUUGAAAAUCUUAUGGUCAAGGACUGGUAAAUCCAUACAAAUAUUGACACUCAUUUCCAAACAUACAAAUACUAUUCAAAUAAAAAGAAUGUCAUUGUAUUAACACAA